AUGGGAGAAGUAGAGAGGGCAUCUCAAGCCACUGCAUACCGAGAUGCCCUUCACAUUGAGAGGGACGAGAAGAUGGCUGAACAUGAGAGGGAUGCGAGACUCGGUACGAAGAAGAGGAAGGAGUUAACCAACUUUGGAGUCACGACUUACUCGACCCAACCUUCCAAGCGGGGAUCUGGUUCAUCUAGCCAACAUCAGUUCUGGAGCCAGGGGAUCUCCACAAGAUAUGCACUGGCACAACAGCUAUAUCCACUAUGCCCGAAAUGUGACAAACGUCAUCUAGGCGAGUGCAUGCGUGAUAUGGGCGUUUCUUUCGAGUGUGGCGAGCCAGGACAUCAAAAGUGGAACUGUCCAUGA